UAUGUUUUUGGCGCUCGUUUGUUUAGUGUUUCGGUUAUCCGGUAGAUGGAAGAAAAAGUGAUCACGUUCACAGCGGAAGUUGAGGUUUUAGAUUUGGAGUUGGAUUUGUUUUCUUAAUUGUUUCUCAGUUAAAUUGUCGAUAAUUAAUUAAUUAGAUUGAUCAUCUAUUGUGAUUAAUUAAUUUGUUUUUUAUUUGUUUGAUUGUGAAUUUAGUUAACCAAGAUGACUAAAGUAAAGACCAAGGAGCUUCGAGGAAAGAAGCGAGAUGAAUUGUCUAAAAAGUUAAAUGAAUUCAAGCAAGAAUUGGCAAACCUUAGAGUAGCAAAGGUUACCGGUGGAACAGCUUCUAAAUUGUCAAAGAUUAAAGUUUUCCGUAAAAAUAUUGCUAGAGUUUUAACUGUAAUGUCUCAAAGUCAAAAGGAGAAUUUGAGGAAAUUUUACAAAAAGAAACGGAUUCCAAUUGAUUUAAGACCAAAAUUGACCCGAGCUAAGCGACGAGAAUUAACACCAACCGAAAGCUCAAAGAAAACAAAAAGGCAAAUGAGAUCAGAAAGACGAUACCCAAAAGUCAAAUACUAUUUGAAAGCCUAGAAAAUUAAUGAUAACUAAUGAAAAGAAAACAAUUUUUUUUUCUCACAAACAAUUAAGUUAAUUGUAAUAAUGUGUUUGUUUCAAUGUUUAUUGAAUAAUAAUUAUCAUUAAACUAACAUGUUAUACAACAACAA